AUGUUUGACGAUUUCAAUAGUAUUAUAUUAUUUAAUACUCGUAUCUGUGAUCUUGUAACUGUUGCACAAUGUGAAGCCUUCUUUGCACCAUCACUAUCAACUAAUAAUAAUCUUUCUACAACAAUUGAUCUAUUAGUUAGUUAUUUUCAUCGUUAUAUUGAAAUAAUGAAUCAUAAUGAAUAUGAAAAAAAUUCUAAUAAAGUACGACGAAAAUUUCAUUUAUUUAUUAUUGAAAUUAUUUUAUCUGCACUUGUGAUUAAAUUAAUUACAAUUGUAACAUUAAUGAUUUUAAAUUUAAUAAAAUUAUGUUUAUUAAUAACAGAUAUUUUUUCUUAA